UCUGUUCACUAAUGAGUUAAAUGUGACAUCAAACCAGGAAGAUGAGAGGAGGAGCUUACUAGUUUGUUGAGUUUUGCACUGGGGAACAUGGCGAACACAGAUCUGGGUCCUUCCUGUGUGGUGAGGACGCUCCUCGGAAGUGCAGCUGCUGGCUUCGUGUUUGGAGAAGCUUCACUGUUUGCAGCUGAGCCCACAGUGACCGAGGAUGUGGCCCUGCUGAAUGCUGCUACUUUGGCUGCUGGCCAUGCUGGUUCCACGGGGGUCGCCGUGGUGACGGCGUGCCUGGUGUUCACCUCAGCACUCCUGUCUCUUGGAUCUGGCUUCCUCCUCGCUGCCGUGGUGAUGAAACUUUUGACAAAUGCAGGAGUGAGGCUGCCGUGGUUAGUGGAAGCCACGACGGGGGCUUCUGUUGUUGUGGGGGCGGUUAUCACAGGAGUCCUGGUGGGCGUCCUCCCACCAUGGAUCUACAUUGCAGCUCAAGGUGCUCUGGUCCUCUAUGUUUACUCGUACUCCAAUGUCAACGACAUGACCUCAGCUCUGGCGAUUAUCUUCACCACUCUGUAUCUCUGUGUUGUGUACGGACGGAUGGGUGCCAUAGUUGGAUUCUUUUGUAUUGGAUUGAGCAUCGCUGUCCUCCUUGCCCUUCGAAGAACCCUUACACAGAGACUGACACCAAGACCUAAGUCUACAUCCGGGUGCAGACUACUAGAGAGAAUAUUUUUCUACUCUGUCUUUGUGGGGAUCCUAGGCUUUUGUGUCGGAUUGGGAUCAGGUGGGGCUGGAGAUGAGACAAAAGCAGAUGUGACUCUGAUGCUGCGGUCAGUCGUCUGGGUGGCAUUCCUGUCUGCAGGGCUCCUCGGAGCUGGCCUGGGAACAGUGGCUAUGGUUGGACUGGGGCCAGAUCCAGCUGGGAAAAUGUCUGUGGGAGCGGGCGUAUUAACAACAGUGGCUCUGAGAGCCGUUCUGCUGUGGAGCUCCUCUCUGGGGCCCAGAGGCUGCACAGGGGCGGCAUUGGGGGCGGCAGCAGCUGCAGGCGUGUCACUCGGCGCCGCAAGCGUUGCAGCAAAACAAACAUUUGGGUCAAGGAAUUCAACUUUUGCAGCUUUAGGAUCGGUUGCCGUCGGUGUGUGCGUGGCCCUGAAAGGUGUUGCUCUGAGAGACGCUCUGCUGACAACCUCCGAACUUCUCACAGUCACACUGAUUGCGGUGGGGGCAUUUGUUCUGGGUGCACCGAAAAGCCCAUUCCACACUCAGGUGAACCUACAAGCGGGCCUUCUCAGGGGGACGGAGCUAAUUAAAGGAAUUGGCAUGGAGACAGUCACCGCAGCAGCGGCGCCUAUCGGAGCGGGGGCUCUGGGGGCCGCCGCGUUAGGCACCGCAGCUCUGGGCACGCUGGGGACGGCAGGAGUUCUGCUAGCUAUGGUCCUGACUGUGGGAAGCGCCCUGACUGGCAUGAUAGGAAAAUCACCCACAACUGAGGCACACAGAGACUGACGUUAAGUUCAACCUGAAGAAAUUUGGAUGAUGAAUUCCUUUGAAUCGUGUGUAAAAACAAAUGUGCUUCUGAUUAAACUUGUGUCAUAAGCAUGUACUGUUUUGGCUACCACUGUGAAAUAAAAAAAAAGAGAA